AUGAAAAUAACGCUCGGUUUCAAACCAGGCGUUUUUAAUGCUCUUGUUCAAGUGCCUGAUCUUUUCAGUGUUAUUCUUCAAUAUUUGGAUUGUUCCUCAUUGUUUGCCCUAACGAUGGUGAAUAAGAAAUUAUUUGGAUUAUUUGAUGAGAGUAAAAUUGAUGAAUUGGUUCAAUCAUCAUCGGAAGAGGUGUUGAACGUUGUGACAAUUGAUCCUAAUUUAUGGUUGAAUUUGGUUUCAUACUAUGAAGAAAGGUUGAGAAAAUUAAAAUUGGAGUUUAAUUCUAACGAUUUGUUGUACUCUGAUUGUUGGAAACAAAAGAAACCUGAAGAAUAUGGUGUUGAGUUUUCCAAGAGUGGAAGAUCUAGUUGUAAAACUUGUUUUAAGCCAAUUCCAUACGGAGUUCUCAGAGGCUAUCAGGACAACCACGAAAACUAUUACAAAGCUCAUGAAUGUCACCAUUUGACUUGCUUUUAUAAAAUACUAUUGACUGAAAAUGUACGUGAAGAAGAUGUGAAAUAUGAAGAGGAGAAACAAAAAGCAGCCAUUUCCAAGCUUUAUGAGUUUAUAGCAAAGGAGAAAAAAUUAAUACAGAAAUCAAAGUGGCAAUGCACCACUUGUGAUGGAUGUAAUGUACUAUUGAAUGGAGAUGCAUACAUGUCAGCAGAAAAAGGAAAGAUGGAUCUAUGUGCAAAGUGCUAUGUCACUAACGAUGAGCUGGUUUCUGGAAAAAGUGAGAAGGGGCCUUUUGUCCCUACCCCUCCUUUAAAACCUUUCCAAAAAUGUAGAUAUUGUAAGGAACAGAUCAAAAGGGUCUUAUUUAAUUGUCAUCAAUGUAAUAUUGGCUUUUGUGGAGAGUGUUUAAAAUCCUUAAGGUGGUUUGAUCACAAAAAACACUUUAUUAAUGUAAUUGGAAAUGCUCUUGAUGAUGAAAUGAAAUGUUUAACUGCUGACUUCAAACCUGAAGAUGCUAAACCAUUACCAGUGAGUGCUUAUGAAAGGUUUUCUGUUCUGGAUUUGAUGGAAGAAUUUUUAGGAGAAUCUAAAAGGGAUGCAGGUCAACCAACUCCUUCUGAAAGAUUCACAGCUACCCCCAACAAGAAAACAGAUCUAUCAGGGAUAAAGUCACAAAAAACUGCAACAAUUACAAAACCAAGUAAUAACGAAUCUAACCACUCUUCUAAAACCAACACUCAACCAAAGAAGCCAGAAAGUACAAAACCAACAACCGAAAAACAAGUUCAAAGCAACUUGAAACUCUCCAAAUCGCAACAAGCUAGUUCCAAGACAAUCCCUCAGAAGUCUUCUGUUCAACAAACUCUUUCAUCAACAACUUCUAAAAAAAGAGUUUUAAUUGAAUUGAGCUCUGAUGAAGAAUCAGAAGAUGAAAUCGAUCUAAAGAAAUUAGAGGCAACUACAGGAUCUAAUGAGAUUCCAAAAUUAAAACCUGAAGUAGUUAUUGCCUCAAAAGUUGAACCAGCCAAGAAGAAAUCAAAACAAGAGAAAUCCAAGAAGAAAGAAAGCAAGGAAAAAACAAAAAAGAAAAAACCAAAGAAAGAAGAAAACAUUCUACUCUUCUCCAUCUAUCGUUUCAUUAUACAACUCUACAGAAAAUAUUACCAUCAUAGGGAUGAGAAAAAUCACCAUGAUGGAAAAGAAGCAUCUAACGAAACAAUAUUAUGGAACAAGUUGAUGAAGGUUGGACUAAAAAUUAAUCAUACUAGCGUGGCCAAGUUUAGAGAGGCUUCUAGAAAGCAAAUACCUGUCUUGUAUCCUAAAUUGGAAGACACUUUGUUUGGCUGUGCAACAAAAGUGGAAAAGAUUGAAAAAUUGAGAGAUUCACAUUGGAUUACAAUGAAAGGUUGUAAAGAAAUGAAAAAAGUCAUGCUCUUUAUUCAUGGAGGUGGCUUCAUAUCUGGCUCUUCUUUAGGACUUGAUCUUCAAUCAACAGUCUAUGGUAUUAAAGAUUUCAAUAAGAAACAUAAGAAUAAUGAAAAUUUGAUUAGCCAUGUAUUAUCUGUUGAAUACAGAUUGGCAGAGGAUCCUAAGUUCUACGAAACCAUGGACAAGAGAACACUUACAUCGAAUCUCAGUGAUCAAUUAGAAGACUGCUUUGAUUGUUUCAAAUAUUUAAUUGAGGAAAAGAACGUACCAGCUAAGGAUAUUAUAAUUUCUGGUUUCUCUGCUGGUGCAUGUCAUUCUGCAUUGUUGGUUUUGAAAAAAUUGAUGAACAGCCAGUCUUGGCCCCUUCAUUCGGUUGCACUAUUUUCAGCUCCUUGUGAUUUAUCAAAUGCUGUAAUUAAAGCUGACAAGUGGAAGGAAGAAAACGUUUUGAUCUUGAAUCAGGGACUUGUUAAUUUGAUUAAUAGAUGUAUUCCAAUUGAGGAAAAGAAGAAUUAUUCAAUUCUUCAAACAAUGUUGGAAAUGGAGAAACAAGAUGAAUCAUUUUAUAACAAAUUACUUCAAACCAAAUGGGUAAUCAACUAUAGUAAUCACGAAGAGCUAACCCCUGGAAAUGAAUACUUGUCUCAAUUACUAGAAUCUAAAUCUCAUCAAAUUAAUCCAAGACAAGUGGCUGUUGUUACAGAAAAUCAUCAAAUGCAUUGUUAUCCAAUUGCACAAUAUAUAUUAUCUGAAGGAAACCGAUCUAUGGAAAAGUAUUGUGGGAAAUUAAUGCUGAAAACACUUGUUAAUGGAAGAAAACAAGCCAUGACACUUUCCUCAUCUCCACCACAAUUGAAAGAAAGUUAUGAUUUGAAAACAAGAGCCCUCAAGAAAGUGUGGAGUAUCAUUAUUGUAGUUACACUAACUUCUGUUUUUCAGAUUAUUGGAUUUAUUUUCACUCCAUUAUCAAUGGUGGAUCAUUUUAUGAUGAGUGGAUUUCAUAUAUGUUACAAUAUAUCAAUAAUGGUCCUUGUAGUUCUGUAUUUAUAUUUAUAUGGACCUGUGAAGGAAUUUCAACAAUUAUUCGAAAAGAGAGAUUCAAAAGAUUUGACAACCAUUGUGACUGCAUUCGAUUCAACAGGAUCUGAACGGAUUCAGAAAGGAUUAACCUUAUCACAUAUUAAAUAUUUUCCUCCUGUCAUUGUUGUCUUGACAGCAAUUUCUCUCCUAUUUUGUAUAGUUUUGAGCUUGUUAACAGCACCAGAUAGUGUUUCUAAACAUUUGCCUGCCCUGAGUGAAACAGGAAUAUUUCCUCCGACAAAAUAUAUUUUCACAGCAUCCCUUGUGAUACCAUCCAUAUGUUUAAUAGUUGGAGCAAUUUUGCAAUUUAUUACAACAAAGGAAAAAUUAACCUCAUUGGAUCAUCAACGACACACUUUAAAUUAUUGUAAUGGAUGUUUUAGAAUGGGAUGGUUGAGUAUUGCAUCCUGUAUUUUUGCUUUGAUUUCAGGAUUUUGUUUACUUGGACUUGGAAUUGUGCCAAUUAUGGGAGGAGAAGUUAUUGAUGAUAGUUUACUUUCGAAUUCUACUACCUCUACUACUGUAUCUUUUAUAACUAGUUCUACUAGUCAACAGUCAGCAGAAUCAAUUGAAAUUCUUCCAUAUACCAUCAUUCACUUGAUAUUUACAUUCUUCUUCAUGUCAACUGUGUUUAUUCACAUGGUACUCAAUACCAUUUUCAAUGUAUUAUAUGAUAAGAAAAUUUCUCCAAAAAAGAAAAUUCUCAAUCCUUGGGUUAUUGUAAAAAUUGUCAGUUCAUGCUCAUUCUUGGUUGUGGGGCCAAUCUUUAGUUUUAUUAUGGGAAUUUUAGUUACAGUCACAUGUUCUCAAACUGAGGUUAUUAACAAGACUUGUCCACUCAUGAAUUUAUUCCAAUUAUUCCUUGGAGCUCUAUCUCAAUACAGUAUUGUUGCCUCAAUUUUAGUUUUCAUGCUCACUUACAUGUAUGAUUUCAAAGAUGCAUCCAUCAGUAUUAAUGCUGAAGAUCCAAGAAAUGAUAUUCAAGAGAGGUUAUCAGGACUUUCCUUAGAAAAGGAUUUUGAAUUGGAAGAGGACGAUCUUGGAGCAGGAGACACCAACAGAUUACACACUCUUGAGGAUGAAGACGAAUUUAAUUAA